UUCUCCUAGAACUAGAAAAUGUAUGUAUCAGGCUCGCAGGAUUUUCAGGUUCGCAUCACAACAUUCAUUGAUCGAGCAGCCAGGGCACGCUGCGCUGGCUCAUUUGAUCCUCAUCGCGCUCAGGGCAUGUGCUCCGUCCGGGGAUUUGGAGAGCUGCCGGAGGAUCCACCGCGAUGCCGUGAAGACCGGCCUCUACUCGAAUCUCUUCGUCGCCAACAGCGCCGUCAAUGCCUUCGCGAAAUGUCGGGCCAUGGCCGAGAGCUACACGGUGUUUGAUCGAAUGCCGCGGCACAGCACUGUGUCGUGGAAUUCCUUGAUCAUGGGGUAUGUAGAGAAUGGGGAUUUCGAGCGGGCUUUUGGAUCGUUCCAGCGGAUGCUGCGUGAGGGGUGCGAGGCAAACGCUAGAACCUAUCUCGCUGCUCUCAUGGCUUGCACAGCGAAGAUUUCCAAGAACGAGGAACACAGGAGCUAUAUCCUGGAGAAGGGAAUGGAAAUCCAUGCUCGAGCUAAGAUCACGGGCUCCCUCUCAGACACUUUCGUGGGGAAUGCUUUGGUGAAUUUGUAUGCCAAGUGUGGAAGCAUGGUGGAUGCUCGCUUGGUUUUCGAUACAAUGCCUUGGCAUGAUAUGGUUUCCUGGAACUCUCUCAUCGUGGGAUAUGGAGCAAACGGGGACAACAAUCUAGCUCUCGAGAUCUUCACUCACGUAAGAACUUCUAGAGGCUGCUGCGAAGCAAACGCUAGAACUUUUGUGGCAGCGCUAAUGGCUUGUUUUGGCUUGGCAGAGAGCGAAGAGCACAGAGAAAUCGAUGGCGUUCUUGUGAAGCUGGAGAGUCUGGAGAAGUGUAUGGAGAUCCAUGCCGAUGCUACGAGGAGUGGAUUCGAGUCGCAGACGUGCCUGGCAAGUAUUCUCGUUGAUUUGUAUGCCGAGAGUGGGAGCGUGAUGGAUUCUCGAUGUGUUUUUGACAGGAUGCCUUGCCACGACGUGGUUUCCUGGACGAGUUUGAUACUCGGUCACGUAAAGAACUCCGAGAGCGAGCUUGCGCUAGAGCUGUUCGAGUUCCUGCGAGAUUCCAGCGCCUGCCUUCCAAACUCCCGGACUUUCAUUGCCGCGCUAUCGGCCUGUGCGACUAUGGCUGCGAAACAAGGCAAGGAGCUCGACCCUGGAUCAGAUCUUGCGAAACUGAGCUGCCUUGACAGGGGGAUGGCGAUCCACUCUCAAGCAGCAUGUUGCGCUGGCUUUGAUCUUUCUUCCGACUUGUUCCUGGCCAGCGCGGUGGUGGAGAUGUACGCAAAGUGUGGAAGCAUGCUGGACGCUCAGCGAGCCUUCGAUCGGAUGGUAAAUCACGACGUGGUUGCUUGGACUUCUCUCAUACUCGGCUACGCAGAAAACGGCCAUGGAAAGCUCGCUCUCGAUCUCUUCCAGCAAAUGCAGCGUCGCGGUUGCGCUCCAAAUCCUCAAACCUUCGUCGCCACCUUGGUGGCGUGCAGCAACACGGCGGCUCUCGACUCCGGCAAGAACAUCCACGCGCAGAUCUGCCGGUACAAGCUCGAGCACCACCAGUUCGUCGCAAACAGCCUCGUCGACUUCUACGCGAAGUGUGGAGCCAUGGCGGAGGCGGAGAUGAUCUUCGCGUCGCUGGAGCCGGAGAGCCGGAACUCGGUGACUUGGGGGGCGAUCCUCGCGGGAUACGCUCGCCAGGGGGACACGGAUCGCGCGCUGGAGCUGUUUGGAACGAUGCGCGACGAAGGGAUGGUGGAGCAAUGCCGCGGGCUCUUCCGGGCGAUGCGAGAGCGCUACGGCAUCGCCCCGGAGAUCGAGCACUACCACUGCGUGGUGGACGCGCUGGGGAGGGCCAAUCUCCUGGACGAGGCGGUGGCCAUGGCUAGGAGCAUGCCGUUCGUCGCCAACCCAGUGACUUGGAAGACGCUGCUGAGCGCGAGCGCGAAGUGGAGGAAUGUGGAGGUUGGGAAGCUCGUAUUCGAGAAGCUGGGCAGCGAUCGCGGCGACAUCCCAUGCGUUCUCAUGGCCAACAUUUACGCUGCUGCCCAAGAACCCUAAAAAACGGUGGCUAAGAAA